AUGGACCAAACCCGCGCAGAGACAAUCACCGAUUUCUUCCAAACCCUCAUGGACCUCAACGUCAAGAUCCCCAAGCUAGCUCGUGGCAUGGAAGUAAAGCUACUAGCUGCAUGUAUGGAUGCGGGCGUAGCUCCCUUUUGGGAUGACUUCACUGAGCUUUCUCUACCGCAGCUGCUCACUCUGGCUAGAAAGAUGGAGCAUGAGGCGGCAGAUAUGGUUAACGCUAGAAUGCAGGGAAAUGAUUGGGAUGAUGAGGAUAUGAGGGAGCAGGAGAGGGAGUAUAGGAAAGCAGUGGCUAAGGUUGGGCCUAACAGUACGCCGAAGGGGUUGGAGGAGUUUGCGGGAAGGGCGAAGAUGAUGGUGGAGCUGGAUAAGAUGGAGAGGGAUAUUGAGAAGGGUAUGUCGGGAUUGAAGGUGUGA